AUGGGUGCUCUCAAAGCCCCUGGUCCUGAUGGACUUCAAGGUAUCUUCUAUACGAAGUAUUGGAAGUAUGUGGGUGAUAGUGUCGUUGUUCUGGUAAGAGAUUUCUUUUCCAAUGGUCAGUUAGAUGCUAGACUCAAUAAGAUAUUCAUUGCUCUUAUAUCCCCAAAAUUAGUAACUCCAUUUGCAUCAAAGAUUAUAGGACUAUUAGCUUAUAAGAAAAAAGGAUUUAAGGGGUGGAUGGCUUUAAAGUUAGAUUUUGAUAAGGCUUAUGACCACAUUAGUUGGAAAUUUCUGGAAAAGCUUCUAACUUGCACUGGGGGGGGUCCAAUGAUUACUCACUCUCUUUUUGUUGAUGACAGCAUCUUCUUCCUGAAGGCUUCUUACAAGAAUGCUCUAAAUCUUAUAGCAUUAUUGAACAAGUUUUGUUCUUGGACAGGAAAAAUAAUAAAUAACAACAAGUCCACUCGGCUUCUCUCUGAUAACCUUGGAAGGAGCUUCUCCCGUGGUAUGGCAAUGCUCUCAUGGUCCAAGUAUCUACUAACCCAUGGUUGGAAUUAUAAGAAUCUUAAUUUGGCUGGUCGAACUACUUUGUUGAGUGCUUGUGUUGAUCCUAUCUAUUAUAAUGUUAUACCUAAAGAUUUAGGUGGUGUUAAUAUUAGAGAUCUGGAACUUAACAACUUAGCCCUUCUUGCUAAGAUGGCUUGGAAGGUUUCUAUGGAUCCUAAUAGCACAGUGGCUAUGUUGUUAAUAGCCAAGUACCGUAAGCAGAUUGGUUUUUGA